CAGCCAGCGAAGACGGACUUUUUGCUCCUUGCUUCUUCUUCUUCUUCUUCUUCUUCUUCUUGCUCCUUCUGCUGCUGCCUGCAAUUUCAAAAAAAAAAAAAAAGUUUCCGCCAUUGCUGCGCUCCCCUAAACACUCGAGCUUCCUCGUGUCGAACACUCGGCCUGCAGUCUCUCAGCUCAAUGCGCCCGCAUCCGAAACCCCACGGAGCUCUCUCCUGAAGACGACCCCCCGAGAAGAUAGAGCGCGGGGGAACCGAGAGGCGUUGGGGCCCGCGAGAUUCGAGCUCGCAAUUUCCGCCAGCUCGUGGAAGCGCCGAGCUCGGUGGUUCGGAACUUAGGGUUUCUGAUAUUCGUGUCCGCUGUUGAUCAAUUGGGGAGCUCCAUUUUGGUUUUCUGCGAAUUUUCUUCGCGGAAGUUCUUGCCCUAGGGUUUUUUCGGGAUUUCCCGGAGUUUGUAUAUGCCUUGGCGCUCUGGACAUGUGGCUGUCUGAAUAUUUCUUUUGGAAACAGAAGUAGCGGCAGUGGCUGGGUGUUUUGAUGGGGUUCUGGUGCGUAUGAAGAUGGUUUACUGGUCUGCUGGUAUGUGCUGAGCUCGAGAAUUUAUCUGCAUUUGAUGGGUGUAAAUCAGGUAUUGCAGGUCAUUCGAAGUUGGAAUUAACGGCAGUUUUGUGGCUGCAGUUGUUAAUUUGGGCAUUUGUGGGGCCGUGCUUGGUGCACGAUCCUAUUCUUUAAGAAAUGCAACCGCAGCAGAGCUUCAGAAUCGAUCUGGGUGACCUGAAAGCUCAAAUUGUGAAGAGGAUUGGAGUGGACAGAUCAAAACGCUACUUUUAUUUUCUGAACCAAUUCUUGAGCCAAAAGCUCAGUAAGGGCGAUUUCGACAAGCUAUGCUGUCGAGUGCUUGGAAGGGAGAAUCUCCCAUUGCACAAUCAGUUCAUAAGGUCGAUAUUGAAGAAUGCAUGCCAAGCCAAAACACCGCCACCAGUUUAUGAAGCAGAUCCUGCAAAAUCUGUCUCACGAACCACCAAACUUUCACCUAGCGUAGAAGACGGUUCUGACCAAAAUGGGUCACUUAUUCAAAAUCAAAACCAGAGUUCCUCUAUUUGGUCAAAUGGAGUUCCUCAAGUCCCUCUCCGAAAGGCCAGAUCUGGAAUUCGUGAAAGGAAGCUCAAGGAUAGGUCAAGUCCGCUGGGGCCAAAUGGAAAGGGGGAAAGCUUGUAUCAUUCAACUGCCACAGAAGAUAGUGGUAGCAAGGUUAUGACUGAGAAUGGGCUUUUGUCUCCAUGUGAUUACCGAAGAUCAUUGCAGAAUUAUCAAUCUGUUCCUGGGCUGCUUGAGAAGGAUAGAGGUCUUAUUCAGGAACCAGCAGAUAAAUCUAGAGUGCACAGUAAAAAUGAGGCUGCAAUGGCCAUAGUGGAAGAUGGGGAGGAGGUGGACCAGGCAACCCUCUCUAGUUUAUCUAGAACUUCUUUGCAUGCACCACUUGGAGUUCCAUUUUGUUCUGCUAGCGUAGGUGGUGGCCGCAAAGCCAUGUCGGUGGGGAACUCUGAUGAUUUUGUUAGUUAUCAUGACACUGGGGAAUUGUCUGACACGGAAUCCCUGAGGAGACGUAUAGAGCAUAUAGCGACUGCACUAGGAAUUGGAGGAGUGUCGGUUGAGUGUGCUAAUAUAUUAAAUGUGAUGUUGGAUAUCUACUUGAAGCGGCUUAUAAAGUCUUGUAUCCAGGUGGUCGGAGCAAGGUCCACACCUGAGCCACAUAGUCAUCUCGUCCAGAAGCAUCAGGUUCCAGAUAAGGUCCUUAAUGGUACGUGGCCUGCUAGUAAUCACUUACAUAUGCGAAAUAAUGUCAUUGGAGGGAUGCCCGAGAAGAAAUUCCCAAUUUCUGUAUCUCUGGUUGAUUUUAAGCUUGCAAUGGAGCUGAAUCCACAGCAACUUGGAGACGACUGGCCAUUGCUGCUUGAAAAGAUUUCUUUGAGUUCAUUUGAGAAAUAAACGUGAUGGGUAUGCCUUGAUCAUGCCAAAUGUGUGUCCAUUCUGGUUCAAAAGUUCCAGAAAGAUGUCAUUGGCAAUUGGCAUUUGAUUGCCAUCUCGUCUUGAUACCAUGAGGAGUCCGGUGGAUAAUGCAGAAAACCAUUUGAAAUACAUGGUCUCAGCGCAGUGUGCAUUCUUCAGCUUGCACUGCAUGGGGCACAAUUUGGAGUACUAGCAACCACACAUUGGGAACUUGCGAUCAUAACCCAUUACCAGUUGAUCUAUUACAGAUAUGCAAGUUCAAAAUCUUUGUAAUCCUCUUCCAUCGACGUGCAACUCGAACUUUUCCUAUUAUUUAUGGCUGAUGAGGAUGAUUUCAAAGAUGUUUUGCGGGAUAACUGGAUGUAACUUGAUUUAAGGUAUAAUCACUUCUGUAAGAGCUGCGGUACUCCAUUGUAUGUAACUUUAGAACCUCAUGAUUGUUUGAAAUCCAAUAUUAAUAACACAUUGAUUUCCAUUUACUUC